AUGUUUUCAUCAGAAGUUUGUAAUCAAGGAACAAUAUUAAUAUCUGGUGGUUUCGGUGGUCUUGGUUUAACAAUGUCUCGAUGGAUGAUUGAACAACGAGGUGUUAAACAUAUAGCACUUAUGAGUCGUCGAACAUUAGUUCAACUUGAACAACCUUCGAAUCCACAAUAUGAUGAUUGGUUAAGAUUAAAACGAACAACAAAAGAAUAUAAUGCUCAUGUUGAUGUUGUUCAAGCAGAUGUAACAAAUUUUCAACAAGUUUAUGAUUUAAUUGAAAGAUUUCAAAAAACUUCUUAUCCUAUUCGUGGUAUUAUUCAUAGUGCUGUUGUUUCAGAAGAUCGUACUUUAAAUAAUUUAACACAAGAACAUUUAUCACUUGUUUUACCACCAAAAGUUCGUGGUGCAUGGUAUCUUCAUCAAGCUACACAACUUCUUCAUGCUCCUAUUCAUUUUUUUACUAUGUUUUCAUCAAUUCGUAAUCAUUUACUUGAAGUUGCAUCUGCUGGUUAUAAUGCUGGUAAUCAAUUUCUUGAUGCACUUGCUCAUUAUCGUUCUGCAAAACUUGAUUUACCAGCACUUUCAAUUAGUUUACCAGCUGUAAGUGGUGCUGGAAUGUUUCAUCGUCAUAAAGAAAUGCUCAGUACUUUGAAAGUUACACAAGGUUUUGAAUUAAUGCCAACAAUAACUGUAUUCGAAAUAAUUGAAUGUUUUCAUCAA